AUGCAGUGACACUAUUAUUUCCUUGUAGUUUAACUGGCGUUUAAGCUUGAAGUAAAUUUAUUGAUGCACGAGCCUGGAUUAUAUAAACAGAAACAUAACCACCACUAACGGCAAAUGAAAGUAUACUAACUGACUAACUGAGAGGGCUAACAGCAGAUCCACCAUACAAUUCAUUAUCUGUGACAGCCGAAUAUAUAGAGGGCAGAUAGGUUUGUUCAUGUAAUGCUAAUAGCAACGACAGCGGCAAAGCUUGUGAAUUAGUAACAGCCGGGAGGUGACGAGGCAACGGUAGCGGGCAAAGAUACAAUAGUGYUCUAUUUAUUAUGACUGUGUUACGAAUCUUCACGAUGAUAUUUAUUUAGCGAUUGUUUUUGGUAUUAUUUAGCAUACAAGUGAACAUGUGUAAGCGKCAUCAACUACUUUGGAGAGAAAAUUUUAUUUAUGUUACAACGUAAUACCAAUGCUCGCUUUUAGUGGCUUCAAUGGCUUCGGUCAGUUCGCCGUUGACGGUCAGCGAAGCGGAAACGCGUUUACAGGUAUCUCAUUGGAAAAGUCAAUGACCGGCGAACAAAGUAUUUUGCAUGUCGCAAUCAGUUGGAGCUACACUGCCUAUGCUACAAAAAAUCAGCUUAUGCUACGUGGCUUUUUGUCUGGUACACCAAAUUCAACAUUAAGUUUAGAGAAUUCAGAGAGCAUAGUGCAAUUGGCCGCAUGUGAUAGAUUCUGUCUUGUGUUGUGCGAAAAUGGCAAAUUGUACAAAGUACGCGCUGAGAACGAUGCCCAGCUGCAAGAAGUUAAGCUCGAGGCCGAAGUGCUAGCAUUGCCACAGAAACGAACUAUUUUCGGCGACCUGAAGCCCACGYUGGGGCAAGCAGCGCGCAUUCAUAUUACACAUAUUGCGUGUGGYUCCAACAUCAMYGUCGCGAUAAGCGAGACAAAUGCAGUCUAUAGCGUGCCGAGUAAAAUUCAUCAAUUUCCGAAACAUUUUCGGGUGAAACAACUACAAUGUGGAUUUGAACAUGCGCUCUUACUCAACGCAAAUGGUGAUGUUUACAGUUGGGGCAAUGGAUUUCGAGGACAAUUGGGACACGAUGUGUUACGCGUCGAAGAGACACCCACAUUGAUAGAAGCGCUUGCUGGCAUUAAGAUUAAUUUUAUAGCUGCUGGUGGCUGGCAUAGCACAGCUAUWUCGGCCUUUGGUGAUCUCUACGUUUGGGGUUUCAACUCAAAUGGUCARCUAGGCUUACGUAUGUUCAAAACAACAUCGAUUGGUGACCUUAAACAACCAACAGUGUUUACUUUGCCGCAAAUUGUCGAGYUGCCCRAGUGUAAAUGCCUYCGUAAGAAAGCUAGUGUAGAAAGUGRUGACAUCUUGGAAGAUACGGGCGAGGAAUGCGUACCUCUGCGUGUAUAUGCAGGUGCACGCCAUACGCUGUUGCAAAAGAAUUGCGGUGCGCUCUAUGCAACUGGGUGGAAUGCGCAUGGGCAACUCGGUUUAGGGCGCAAAAUGGAAUACUGUGAUGAAUUUGAGCAUGUGGCAUGCGAAGAAGAUAGCAUGAGAUAUAUGCAAGUAGUGUGCGGCGCAUGGUGUACCGUUAUUUUUAAGAAAAGUUGACGAAUAAAUAGUGAAGUGUUGAAUCAUA